GGAUGGUGUGUGAUUGAUUUGAGUUUGGUUUUAAAGAUCAAAAAUGCUGAAACCCUUUUUCAACUUCUUACAUGAAAUGCUAUUUAAGAAUUUUUACAUGGUAAAAUCAAGGUAACAUCCUCCAUCACCCAGUUUAUUUAAAGAUUGAUGGUGUUGACUAAACAUUUAUGUAGUCAACAUUAAUAUUUCACUUAUGGAGUUGACACAAGAUGGCAUAAAAAAGGAAUUCUUACAAAAACACUCCACUAAGAGAUAUAAAUUUCAAACUUGGAGUGAUAAUUGCAUAUUGGUUGAAGUUAAGGGGCUAAAGAUGAAUUUUCAUUCAGACGAACGUUAAGGCAGCUUCAUCGUCCCGUCCCCACUUCCAUUUCAAAAUCAUCACUACUUCAAAACCCUCUCCAACGGCUACAUUUUCUCACUUUCUCUUUCUACAGUCUCUCUCUCUCUCUCUAGUCGGGGAACCCUUCUCUAUGCGCACUGGAUUAGGGUUUCAAAGAUGAAGCAUUUUAUGCAACCAAGAAGCGCGAUUUUGAGAGAUAAUUCUAGCGAUAAUCCAGCACCAAACCCUAGUUCCAUGAAGCAGAAUAGAUCUUCUAAGCGGAAGCAGAAAUCUUGCAAAGAAAAUGCUCCUCCUUCAGAUAUGAACGUCUUUCCAGAUGCAUCACCUUCUUUUGGCAAACCCUCUCCGUCUGUUGCCAGUAAAUUGAAAUCUCUGCUCCCACCAAGACCUCCGUCGUCGAAUCCUCUCAAGCGCAAGCUUGGUAGCGAUUUCCAUCAUGAAAAUGGUGUCUCUGGAUCUUCUGAUACCGGGGUCAAGGUUAUUGUGCGAAUGCGGCCCCCAAAUAAAAAUGAAGAAGGAGAAAUGAUAGUGCAGAAAACUUCUGGUGAUUCAUUGUCAAUACUUGGACAACAAUUUACUUUUGAUUCUGUAGCAGAUGCAACGUCGACUCAGAUAGAUCUAUUCCAGCUUGUAGGAGCUCCUCUUGUUGAGAACUGCCUUGCUGGAUUUAACAGUUCUAUAUUUGCAUACGGACAGACCGGGAGUGGGAAGACCUACACGAUAUGGGGGCCAACCAACACAUUGUUGGAAGGGAAUUCAUCCAGUAAUGAACAAGGCUUGACACCCCGUGUUUUUGAACGCUUAUUUUCUCGCAUAACUGAGGAACAAGAUAAGCAUGCUGACAAACAACUUAUGUAUCAAUGCCGCUGUUCUUUUCUUGAGAUCUAUAAUGAACAAAUUACUGACUUGCUGAAUCCAUCACAAAGAAAUCUUCAUCUACGAGAGGAUGCUAAAACUGGUGUCUACGUUGAAAAUUUGGCCGAGGAAUUUAUUUACAAUAUGAAAGAUGUGAUGCAGCUCCUUAAAAAGGGUUUGUCGAAUCGGAAGACUGGAGCAACAAGUAUAAAUACCGAGAGUUCCCGCUCACACAGUGUGUUUACUUGUGUUGUGGAGUCUCGAUGCAAGAGCAUGGAUGGUCUGAGCUGCUGCAAAACAAGUCGAAUGAAUCUUGUUGAUCUUGCUGGGUCGGAGAGACAAAAGUUAACUGGUGCAGCUGGAGAGCGUUUGAAAGAAGCUGGUAAUAUUAAUCGCUCGCUUUCACAGCUAGGAAACUUGAUCAACAUUCUAGCUGAAGUCUCCCAAACAGGAAAACAAAGGCACAUCCCCUAUAGAGAUUCCAAAUUGACAUUUUUGUUGCAGGAAUCUCUUGGUGGAAAUGCAAAACUUGUGAUGGUUUGUGCCAUUUCUCCAUCACAAAGUUGUAGAAGUGAGACAUUUAGUACAUUGCGAUUUGCCCAACGCGCCAAGGCUAUCAAGAACAAGGCAAUUGUUAAUGAACAAAUGCAGAAUGACGUGAAUACAUUGCGAGAAGUGAUACGCCAAUUGAAGGAUGAACUAGUGCGCAUGAAGUCAACCGGAAACCAAGAUGACCCAAGUGCAGGCUAUUCAACAGGGUGGAAUGCUCGUAGGAGCCUGAAUCUUUUGAAAUUUAGCCUCAGUCGUCCAAUGAUGUUGCCUCAUGUAGAUGAUGACGGGGACGAAGAAAUGGAAAUUGUUGAGGAAGGUGAACAAGUUCUUUUAUCUGGCAGCGAAGUUAACAAGAAGAUGGGCAUAGGUGCUAGCGGAAUCUUAACUAGAGAUUGUAUACCAAAUGUAUCUGGUAUUGCAAAUAUCAACAGAAAAGAUUCUGAAGAUACUGAUGUUAAUAUGGAAGAAGUUGGGAAUCUUGAGGUGACAGUUGUUCAUUCUAUUGAAGCCAACGGAGAUACAGAUUCUUUAGGCAAGCCCCAUGACUCUCUUUAUCUAUCUACUAGUGAGUUGCUAGAGAAAGAAACAAGAUUACCAAUAAGCACUGCAGAAUCAGGUAAUCAUGUUUUGACAGACGCUGUGAAGGAUGAUGCAUCUGCUCAAAAUGGCUCGGGUGAUUGUGUUAUUCCUAAUGUGACCUUAGAGCCAUCUGAAGUAUCCCCAGUUCUCAAGUCUCCGAUUCCAAGUGUUUCACCAAUAACCGAUAAUAGCAGUAGCAGGAAAAGUCUGAGGACUUCCUCGAUGUUAACUGCUUCUCAGAAGGAACUCACACAAACUACUGUUUCCUCGAAUUUUGAAAAUCCUUGUAUGAAACCCUCAAAAAGCAUUAGCUCGAACCCUCUGUCUUCCAACAUUCGUAGAAGUUGUUUACCAAGUGACCAUUUGGCUGCCAGUCUCCAUCGUGGUCUUGAAGUAAUUGAUAAACAUUGCAAAAGUUCUGCUUUUGGACGAUCCUCAUUCAGGUUUACUUGCAAACCUUUAGACAGUAAGCCAGUACUGGUACAAAAAGACGACGGAGUACAAACUCUUCUUCAAGGUAACGAGCUAGAUGAAGAGAAACCCAUGAUGUUUUUGUGCAGAAACUGCAAUUGUAUAAGUUCUCCAAAAGUAAAAGAUGGAUCUGAUGGUCCUAACUUGCAAUUGCUUCCUGUUGAUGGGCAGCAGUUAGUACCCACUGAUAGUUCACAGUUGGCUGAUAAAUCUAAGCAAUUGGUUCCCAAGGCAGUAGAAAAAGUCUUGACAGGAGCUAUAAGGAGAGAGAUGGCAUUAGAAGAGCUCUACACCAGACAAGACUCUGAAAUUAAUCAACUUAAUCGUUUGUUGCACCAAUAUAAACAUGAAAGAGAGUGCAAUUUGAUUAUUGGACAAAUACGGGAAGACAAAAUUGCUCGUCUUGAGAGCUUAAUGGAUGGUAUUCUGUCUGCCGAGGAGUUCAGAGAUGAUGAAUUGGCUUCUUUAAAAAAUGAGAAUAAGAUUUUGAAGGAAAAUUAUGAGAACCAUCCAGAAGUUCUAAGGACAGAAAUCGAGUUUAAAAGAGUUCAGGAUGAAUUGGAACGUUAUCAAAACUUCUUUGACUUGGGGGAGAGGGAUGUAUUGUUGGAGGAGAUUCAAGAUUUGAGGACCCAACUGCAAUCUUAUAUGGAUUCUUCGGCUAAAAAAAGAAAUCCUGUCUUGCAAAUAACGUAUCCAUCUGACCCAAGUGUGGUUCCACCUUUAAACACAGUUCAAGAGUCUGCUGAGCACAGAUUUGAAUCGGAGAGAAUCCGCUGGAAAGAAGCAGAGAGCAAGUGGAUUUCUCUUGCAGAAGAUUUGAGAUGUGAACUAGAAGCUAGCCGUUUGCUUGUUGAAAAGCAAAAGCAUGAACUUGAUACAGAAAAGAAAUGUUCCAAAGAGCUGAAGGAAGCAAUGCAAAUGGCCAUGGAAGGUCAUGCAAGAAUGCUUGAACAGUAUGCCGAUUUAGAUGAGAAACAUAUGCAUCUGCUUACAAUGCAAAGGAGAAUUCAGGAUGGAAUCACAGAUGUCAAGAAAGCUGCUGCCAGAGCUGGAGUUAGGGGUACUGAAUCUAAAUUUAUUAAUGCCCUUGCGGAAGAAAUUUCAAUCCUAAAGGCGGAGAGGGAGAAGGAGAGAUGUCACUACAGGGAUGAGAAUAAAGGGCUUCAAGCACAAUUGAGGGAUACUGCUGAAGCUGUACAAGCUGCUGGCGAACUUCUUGUGCGACUUAAAGAAGCCGAGGAAGCUGUUGCUGCUGCUGAGGCACGAGCAAGGGAGGCUGAAGAAGAAAAGGAUAAGGCUUACAAACAGAUUGUAAAUUUGAAGAGAAAACAUGAAAAUGGGGUGUUACCCCUAGUUUCUGAUGGGGGGGAGCCAAAUGGCACAAGUGACCAGCAAUGGAGAGAUGAAUUCGAUACAUUCUACAGUGAAGAUGAAGGAGAAUUGAGUAAAUUACCAGAACCCUCUUCAUGGUUCUCUGGGUAUGACAGAUGCAACAUAUAGGUAAGUUCGAUUUUUAACAUAGAUGUGUAUGUAUUAUUAGAAAUUUUCUUUGUAUAUUGUGUAGCUUUCAGGGGUUGAGUCUUUUUUUGGCCUUUCCACAAGGGGUUGUUCUCACCAAUUGUGAGGACCAAUGUAUAUUGGUUCUCUUGUCCUACCUUGUAUUCCUUUUUGAACUUUUUGCAUAAAUCCAAAUCCUUUUCCCACCUCCAUGUGUAGAAGUAGAACACUUCAUCUUGUUUAAUGGGAAUGCAUAGAUGGCAAAGGUUGCAGAGGAGAGAUAAUUGGUCUUUCCCUUAGAUCUCACAAUGUAAGGAUGCAUUUUGGUAGGCAGGACCUGGACGAGAUAUGACAUAACAAAAAUUUGUUGUCACACGUUUGGCAUGACACUAGACCGGGACAGACCUGAGGGAGACAAAAACACAUUUUUCUGUCCCACCAAAAUACUAUCAUUAUUAUUCAAAGGUGACUUUGAACCGAGAAUGUUUAUAAUCCUAUUUAUGACUUUGAAACAAUGAAUUUCUUUAUGACUUUGAUACACUGUCAUUAUAUUUCAUAAGGUGAGUUUGUUUAUGUUUCAUAAGGUGAACCUGAUUCACAAGAUGAAUCUGUGUACUUAUUGAGUAUAUUUAAAUCGGGUUAGAAGUCGUCCCCUACCAGAUAUAGAGCUCCCAAAUACAAUAUCGGGAAAGUACUGUUUGUGAAACCUCAAUAUCCACUGAUUUAUUAGCUAAAAGACGUAUUGUCGAUAAGACAAUAUUGAUAAAUUACUAAACUACCUAUUUCAAAUCAAAACUUUAAAAAAUGAACAUUGUGUUCUCGAGUUUGGGAAGG